AUGAAUCCUGAACCUAUCACAUAUUCUUCUUUGAUAGUCUUAAAUAUGAGUGCUUUUCCUAAUUUAUCACUUUACACAAAUGGAUUUAGCUCAUAAAAUUUUUAUUUGAGAUCAUUUCAUUAAUUAAGAGGAGACUUAGAUCAAGAUUAUUAAAAUUGUGUCUUUCGAAUAUUUCCAGUUUUAAAUUAUAGAGCACAUCAUGAUCUAAUUGAACAAUUUAAAGAUUCUAAUUUUAAGGAAUUGGAAGAAUAUGAAUAAAGUUAAAGAAAACAAAAAAUUUAAACUAUCUUAUUGAAUUUAGAAAAUGAAUUAUCAUCCAACAUUUCUCUUAACAAUAAAUUAGCAGGGACUCCAUUAGUGUUUAGCUCUUCUAUUUUUCAUUUGGUUCAUGUUUCCUCUUUAAAAUUUUUGGCUUUAGAUGAUAAUAAUUUAGAGGCCCUUUAGUUUAAGUUAAUUGAUUUUCCAAAUGAUAAUACAUUAAUGAAGUUUAAUCCUUGUUUAAAUUUUUAGAAGUUAAGAACUAAUGUAGUUUAUAGUGGUGAUGUCGUAUGUAUAUCAGCCAAUAAGUAAGUUUGCAAUAGAACUGCUAAUUUAUUUAGUGAUUAUUGGGGAUUAAAUUAUUAUGAUUUAAAUGAUGAACCAUUAAAAUAUGAAGAUGAAGUAUGUAGAGCUAAAAUUAUUGCUUCUGUUGAAGACUCUACUUAAUGGAGAAUUAUCAUAUUUUAAAAUUAAAAAGAAAAUUAAGAAACUUUAUUUGUUGGUGAUGUAGCCGUAUUUAAUUUACCUGAAUUGAAUGUAACAAUAUUAUAAUUGAUAGUUAUACUUCAAUGCAAAGAAAACAUCAGAUAUUUAAGAAAAGGUUAAAGAAAUUCUCGAUCGUAAUUCAGUUGAUGAUAUCAGCAAUAUUAUUCAAGAUAAAAUAGUAUUUAAUAAAUAAUAAACAUUAUUUCCUAUUUAAUAAGGUGGUAUUUCAAGAUAAGUAAGUGAAGAAGUAUUUAAUAAAUCAGAUUCAUAAAAUAGUAAUAAUCUCUUUGAAAAAUAAAAAUCUAUACAAUCUCGAUCCUCUUAGAUAAUUUAAGCUUCAAAAAAUGUAAGAGAAAUAGACAAAGCUUUAUAUUCAGAAUUGAGAAUACUUUUUAGUGAUUUCAGUACAAAUAAAUCUGAUAAAAUUAAAAUUCCUUUUAGUGCUUAUUGGAGAAUAGAAUCAGAUAAUUUCUCUGGUGGAGAAGUCAAAUGGGAAAAGUGUUAUAGAAUAAGACAUUUUUAAACAGGUUAAUAUUUAGACAUUAAUAUUAUGAGGCAAGUGAAACUUACAGACUAAGUUACAAAAAGUACUUUAUUUCAAUUUGUUCCUAUUAAAUAAAAUUCUAAAUUUGUUAACAAAGAUUCUUAUUUUCUCAUUAAACAUUUUCUCACUGGAAGUUAUGUCACUCUAAGAAAUGAUCCUGAUUAACCAACAGGAAGUGUUAGUACAACAAAUGAUAUUGAUUUAAUUACAUGUAUGAAAUUCAGAAAAACUGAUUAUGAAGAUAUUUGGGAAAAACGUUUUUUAGUGUUUUUAGUACCUAUUCUAAAAGAAGCUAUUUCAUUCUUUGAAAGAGUUUAACCUUUAGCAAGUAUAGCUUAUAUGAAAAAAAAUGAAGUUUAAGAUAGAAUAGAUUUCUACUAUUUAUUUGAUAAACUUAACUCAUUGUUAGAAAUUUUAAAUCAAUUUAUGUACAAUAAAUUAGUUAGCAAUAUUCAAACAACUUAAGAUUUUUCUUUUGUUUCUCAGAAUCGAUAGGACAUUAUAAGAGAAGAAAAUAUUUUACCUUUAUUAAUUUGGUUAAUUUGUAAGACUUUUCCAACCCCAGAUGAAAAGAUAGAAGGAUCUGAAGAAAUUCUGAGUAAUGAUUUGUGUGGAGAAGCUUCUUUUAUUCUUAGUGUUGAGACUAUGAUUCAAUUAAAUAUAGAUAAAUCUAACGAUGAUGUAUAUGAAAAGAAAGUAUAAAAAAUGAAAGAACAUUUAGAAGAGAAUCAUAGAAAAAGAAAAAGAUUACUAUAAUUAAAAUUAUUUUAAACAAUAAAAACAGUAUGUCAUAACAAUUUAUAAAAUUAAGAAUUAAUAAUGAAAUUUUUUAAAUAUUUUGAAAAAUUCAUAACAAUAGAUUAUGUUAGUAAUACUAUAAUUUAAUGUAUUUCUAAGAAUUAUUCUAUUUUGAGUUCAUUAAAUAAAUAAGAAUUACCUUUUGAAAUGAAGUAAACUUAAAAUAUAAGUUUAGAAUAAAAGAAUUAAAAAAGUUAAAGUACAAUUUUAUCAAGAUUAUCAGAAAUAAUGUAAAAGAGUGAUUAAUUAUAACCAGAUUUACUUAGAUUUUUAUCAGAAACAUGUGAAGCUAAUGGAGAACCAGUUUUUUCAAAUUAAGAAUUUUUAUUAAAUUAGAUAUAAUGUUUUUAAUAAAAAGUGAAGAAUGAUUAUGGAGAAGAAAAGAUUUUGAUGAAAUUAGAGCCAAUAAAAGAAGAAGAAGGAGUUUAUGUAGAGUUUUAUAUAACUUAUAAAACAUCAAAUAAAACAUAUGUGACAAAAAUGCUUCAUGAAUUUUUAACUGAAUAUAGAUAAUAGAGAGAAUUAGAUCCAGUAUAUGUUUUACAAUACAAUUAUUUAAUUGAAUAAUUAGCAUUCUUUUCUAACAUUUGUUUUCAUAGAAACACUGCAGCUAGAGAAUUAAUUUCUAAAACGUUUACUUACUCUUUUUUGUUAUCUUAUGCAGAAUAAAAUAAUUAAACUUAUGGUUUUAAUGGAGAUUCAUAUUAUGUAGAUGAAUAAGUAAGAGCAUACUUUUUUAGAAUGAUUAGAACAUUGUAUAUUGAUAGAGAACCUUAUACAACUAAACCUAAACCUGAAUUAAUAAGGAUUUUAGAAGAGAAAACUACAUCAAAAUAAUUAUUUUUAUUUGAUGAAACAUCAAGUAAGAAAUAAUCAAAAGGAGAUUUUGAUAUUUAAAAAUUAAAAUUAAAGAUGCUUAAAUAUUUAGAAGAUUAGUCAGAAAAACUUGAUAAAAAUGUAAAUGAAGAAUAAGUUUAUAAUUUAGAAACUUUAGAAAUCAUUAAAAUUAUAGAAUUAAUGUUAAAAUUUGAAUUAUUUUGGAAAAGAGAUACUGAUAUGUCAAUAUAGAAGAAAUCUGUUAACAAAAGAGGUACUUCAGUAUUUAAUAGAGUAUAAGAAAGUGCUGGAGGUUUGAGAGAUAUUGAUAGAUUAAUUACUGCUUUAUCAAAAAUACUUGAAUAUGAUCAUUAAUAUUUUAAAUGUUUAACUACUUCAAAAAUAAAAAGAAAUUGGUAAAGUGAUAAAGAAAAAGAUUAAGGAUUCAUGAAAUUUAAUAUUACAGGAAUUAGUCAAGUAUUUGAAAUGGAAGAUAAAGAAAAAGAAAAAGAAGAAUAAUAAUAAUAAAAUUAAAAUUUUAGACUAGUCAAAUAAUAAGAUACAGAAGUUAUUAAUGAUUCAUUAUUUAAAAAAAUGAAAAAUCUAAGAAAAGUUAUACAUAGAUAUAAUAAUAAAACCUUUACUUUAAGAGAAAAUAAAGAAGAAGACUUUUAAGUAUUGAUAAAAAUAUAAAUUUGUUAUAUUUUUUCAUAUUUGAUGGAUGUAUCAUAAGAUUAUUGGAUUGAUGGUGCUUUAGAAUUUUAUAAAACUAUAUAAUAAAAUAAACAAACAAAUGAAGAAAUACAUUAGGAAGAGUUAGUUAAAUUAUUUCCUGAAGAAAUUUUAAUGUCUGGAGAAUAAUGGGUAGAUAAACCUGAAUAAGAAAAAAAAACUAUUAGAUAAAGUGGUCCAACUUUGAAAAGUUUUGAUUAAGUUCUUAAAAGACCUUUUAUAGAAGUUUUAUUAAUAUCUUUAUAUUUUGCAAGAAAUCCAUAACUUGAAAAUUAAAUAGUAGAAUUAAUAUAAAGAUUUGCAAGAUAAAAAAAAGAAUUCUUAUAACAUUUUGAUAAUAUUUAGAUUUUAGAUACUUAUGAAUCACAAUAAUUAUUUAAUGUUUGGGUAAAAAUGAUAGCAAUAUUAAAAAAUAAUGUUUAAAGAAGUUAAACAUGGAUUACAGAGAAAAAUAGAAUUAUGGAUUAGACUCUCUAAUGUUUAUGGAAAAUAGAUAGCAUAUUUUAAUAAACUGAAAGUGUUUCAUUAAAAUUAAAAUAAUAAAUGUUUGAACAUAUCGGUGGAUAUGAAGUCUUAUUAGAAUUAAUUAAUAAGUCUUUAGUUGUUAUUGAUUAAAAAUCAUUUCAUCCUGAUCUCAUAGCUUUAUUAAAACAUACUAUGAAUAUUAUGGGAUUCUUUGCAAAAGAUAAUGAACGAAAUGCAUUAACUGUUUAUAGAAAGGUUGUAAAAAAAGUUAUAGAAAACACUAAUUAAAAUAUAGGAUAAAUUAGUUUAUUAUGUUCUUUAUUUGAAAAACAACCAACAUUAUAUGGACAGCUUGGUUAAUAAGAAUAUGAUUAUUUUAUUAUUCUUAUUAAAUAACAUGGUAGAUAUCCAGAAUUCUUAUAAUUUUAUUUUGAAAUCUUAGAAGUUACAGAAAUUCAUUCAAAAAAAUCAGUGGAUAUUUUUGAGAUUGUAAUUGAUAAACUUACUGAACCUAUUAUUUUAAAGGAGGAAUCCGGUAUUAUUCAUCCAUUAUACCCUUUUUAAGAUAAUAAUAAAAUUUCAAGCUUUUUUGAUUAUUUACCAAAUAAUAAUAAAUAUAGUUAUUUAUUUAUUAAUAUCAUAUCUAAGUGUUUAUCAAAAAAAAUUAGGGCUUCAUUGAUAAAUUAAGCUAUUAUAUUUUUAAGUUUACAAGAUGUUUUGAAAAAUACAUUAAAAGUAACAUAUAGAGUAUUAGAAUGUAUCAAAUAAAAGGAGAAACCAAAUUUUGAAGAUACUUAAUUACAAAGUAAUUUUUGGAAUCUAAUUAAAUCAAUGAUUUUUCAUAAACCUGAAACUUUGGAUGAAUUAAUGCUUCGAUCAAAUUCUGAUAUUUUAAAUAAGAUUUUAGAAUAUGAACAUCAAGUAAUCAUUUAAAAAGAUUAAUUUAUACCGUCAAAUUUAAAUUAUUUAUUUGAUUCCUUAUUGCCAGUUGUAAAUAGAUAUAAUGAACUCUUAUAAAAUGCUUUAUUAGCAUCAGAAAAAGAUUAAAUUUAAAUUAGUUAAUUUGUUAAAUUUUUUCUAAAUAAUUUAGACAGAAUGUUUUUCUUAGCACCUUCUGAAUUAACUAAUAAUAAAUAAAGAUUAUAAACUAUAUCUGAUUUAGGAUAAAGUUUCAAUAUUUAAGUACCAAUUAAAUUCAUCUAAUCUGAAAAUUAUGUAGAUAGUUAAGAAGAAAAGACUUCUGAUUUAUUAACAUAAUCUUAAUCCUAAUAAGAUAAUUCAUAAAUCACUCAAUUUAGAAGAAAAUAUUUUGGAUAAGAAUUUGUUAAAGAUUUAGUUAAAAAAGAAUCUUUAAAAUUAUCAAAUUCUAUUUGGACUAUCUAAAAAAUGUUCAAAGAUGAUAAAAGAUAGGAAGUAAAAGAUCUUUUAUUAACUAAUUCUGACAUUAUAGUAAAGAUUCUAACUUACUUAGAAUUUUGGAAGACCAAUGGUGCCAGCAGAGAAAAUAUUAUUUUUAUAUUGAAAGUGUUAUCUGCCAUUUUAAAAGAUACUGAAAAUGAACUAUUUGAAAGAUAACUUUUAUUUAACAGAAUGAAUGUUACAUAAAUUCUUAUUGUAUUAUUAUGCGAAUCUGAACUUGAACCUGUUUAUAUGGGAACAUUAAUGUCAUUUAUGAUAUUGCUAUUAAAAAAUGGAAAUAAUCAAGUUUAAAAAACUGCAUAUGAAUAUUUUUUGUCGAAUUCUUAAUGUGAAANUUACCAAAUAAUAAUAAAUAUAGUUAUUUAUUUAUUAAUAUCAUAUCUAAGUGUUUAUCAAAAAAAAUUAGGGCUUCAUUGAUAAAUUAAGCUAUUAUAUUUUUAAGUUUACAAGAUGUUUUGAAAAAUACAUUAAAAGUAACAUAUAGAGUAUUAGAAUGUAUCAAAUAAAAGGAGAAACCAAAUUUUGAAGAUACUUAAUUACAAAGUAAUUUUUGGAAUCUAAUUAAAUCAAUGAUUUUUCAUAAACCUGAAACUUUGGAUGAAUUAAUGCUUCGAUCAAAUUCUGAUAUUUUAAAUAAGAUUUUAGAAUAUGAACAUCAAGUAAUCAUUUAAAAAGAUUAAUUUAUACCGUCAAAUUUAAAUUAUUUAUUUGAUUCCUUAUUGCCAGUUGUAAAUAGAUAUAAUGAACUCUUAUAAAAUGCUUUAUUAGCAUCAGAAAAAGAUUAAAUUUAAAUUAGUUAAUUUGUUAAAUUUUUUCUAAAUAAUUUAGACAGAAUGUUUUUCUUAGCACCUUCUGAAUUAACUAAUAAUAAAUAAAGAUUAUAAACUAUAUCUGAUUUAGGAUAAAGUUUCAAUAUUUAAGUACCAAUUAAAUUCAUCUAAUCUGAAAAUUAUGUAGAUAGUUAAGAAGAAAAGACUUCUGAUUUAUUAACAUAAUCUUAAUCCUAAUAAGAUAAUUCAUAAAUCACUCAAUUUAGAAGAAAAUAUUUUGGAUAAGAAUUUGUUAAAGAUUUAGUUAAAAAAGAAUCUUUAAAAUUAUCAAAUUCUAUUUGGACUAUCUAAAAAAUGUUCAAAGAUGAUAAAAGAUAGGAAGUAAAAGAUCUUUUAUUAACUAAUUCUGACAUUAUAGUAAAGAUUCUAACUUACUUAGAAUUUUGGAAGACCAAUGGUGCCAGCAGAGAAAAUAUUAUUUUUAUAUUGAAAGUGUUAUCUGCCAUUUUAAAAGAUACUGAAAAUGAACUAUUUGAAAGAUAACUUUUAUUUAACAGAAUGAAUGUUACAUAAAUUCUUAUUGUAUUAUUAUGCGAAUCUGAACUUGAACCUGUUUAUAUGGGAACAUUAAUGUCAUUUAUGAUAUUGCUAUUAAAAAAUGGAAAUAAUCAAGUUUAAAAAACUGCAUAUGAAUAUUUUUUGUCGAAUUCUUAAUGUGAAAAAUUCUUUAAAUAGUGUAAAGAUGUAUUUGAUAUGCAAAUAUUAUCAAUGAGCAGAGCACAUAAACUAAAUUAUUAAGAAAACAAAUUAGUUUGCAAAGCUUUAAAGCUAAUAUAAUUAUUUUGUGAAGGACAUAAUUAAGAUUUACAAAAUUAUAUGAGAUCUUAAUUUAAUCAAAAAAAUUCAUAUGAUUUAGUAUCAUAGAUUAUUUUAUUGCUAUAUACAUUUCAAAUAUCUAAAGCAAAUUAUGAAAGUGUAUUAUAAUGUUUUGAGACAUUGACAGAAUUGAUAUAAGGACCUUGUAAAUAAAAUUAAUAAACCUUAAUAAAAAGCAAUUUAUUGGAAUAUGUAGUUCUAAUAAUAUCAGAGGAUGAGAAAAUCUUUGAAUAAUCUAAUGAAUAUUUUAAAUAUGAUGGAGAGAAAUAGUAUCGGAUAUCUAUUCAUCCUGGUUAAUUGGCUAGAUUAAAAUUUAAAUGUUUAAAUUGUUUAGUUUCUUUAUUAGAAUGUUGUGAACCAUAGAAUUCUGAUAUCGCCAGAUUAGUAAGAGUAAUACCAUUAAAUGUUUUAACGAAUAACUUAACUCGAAUUUAUAAAUUAUUUAAAACUUAUGGAGGAACUUAUAAUGAAGAAUUAUUUAAAAGAGCUGAAAUAGAAAUUACAAAUGAAUAACCACCAGAAUAUUAUGAAUUUAUUAUUGAAAAUGGAUUUCUUAUAUUACUAUUAAUGUAAUAAUUUUUAGACAAUUAAAAAGCAAAAUAAUUAUUAUAUGAAGAUACAGAAAUGAAUGAUGUUUUAAAUGAAUUUUCUGAAAAUUAAAAAGAAGAAGAUAAUGCCAUCGCAAAUAUUUUCUCAGGUUUAGAAAAUAUUGCAAAAUUAGGAGGAAAUUUUAUUGGUUAAAUAGCCUUAACUUAAAAAUCUGAAGAAGAAUAAAAAUAAGAUAAAAUAAUUUAAGAAAAAAUUGAAUAUAAAAGAUUAACAAAAAAUGCUAUUAAGUUUUUUAGAUAAAAUACCUGCUCAAUUGAUAUGAUAAGAGAUUAAAAAUUGUAUACAAUUUACUUUCCAAAAUUACCAAUAUGUAAUUUACCUAAAAGUGCUAGAUUAGAAUUUCAUGAUUAAGUUGAUAGAACAAGUAGUAAAACUAAAUUAACAUAUUUAAUGGAAAGGGCCAAUUUUUUAAUUAAAACAAUGGAAUAUGAAGAAAAAUUAAAUUAAAUCUUUGCAAAAAAUCCUUUGUUUGCCUUUUUUGCUUCAUAAGGUAAAUUAUGGGAAAACCUAGCUUUUGUUACUACAUUAGUAAUUAAUCUUAUAGUUUUAUUAAGUUACUCAUAAGAUUUUUAUGUAAGUGGAGCUUAAGGAGUAUCUGGAGAUUUAAUUUAUGAAAGACUAUAGGAUCCAAGAUUAUUAGGAUAUAAAGAAUCUACAUGGACUCCAAUACUAAUAUAAGGUUUAGGUAUAACAAUGCUUGUUUUUAGUUCAUUAAUAGUAUUCUUUUUUUUAGUUAAAAGAGCUCCUUUAAAAGUUGAUCAUAUCUGGGAAAAUUUUUAAAAAUAAAAAAAAGUAAUGAAUACAAUAUUUGAUGUUGGUAUCAGAAGUAUUAAGAGUUCUUUUAUUUUAUUAUAAGAUCCUGAUAUCUUAUAUUAUUGCAUUUAUAUCAUUGCAGGGAUAGUAGGUUUAACAGUUCAUCCUUUUUUUUUUGCUUUUCAUUUGAUGGAUUUUCUAAAAAUGGAAUAAUUAAAAACUGUAUUAGAUGCAAUAUGGGGUCCUAGACAAGAAAUUGGAUUAGCUUUACUUCUUUUAGCAGUUAUUGAAUAUUAUGUAGGAAUUUUAGGAUUUGUAAUAUACUUUAAUGAUUAUCCAAUAGUAGACAGUAUAGGAUGUCAAUUAUAAGCAGAUAAUGAUAAUAUAAUUUGUGAAAGAGGAUGUAGUACAAUGUGGCAAUGUAUAUUUAUGAGUUUUGACUUAACUUUUAAAUUUACAGGAUCUUUGGGUUCUGGAAUAAAGGAUUAUGAAACAAUAUCAAGUAUAACAUAAAAUUUUGAUAUGUUAAAAGAUGCAUGGGAUAGAGUAAAAUAAGGAGAGAAUGAAUAUGAUGGUGUGGAUCAUUCAUUUACUUCAAAUUAUGUUAGUAGAUUUAUAUUUGAUAAUGCUGUAAAUAUUGUUUUAGUCAUGAUUAUGUUAAAUAUGAUUUAAGGUAUUAUAGUAGAUACAUUUGGUUCUUUAAGAGAGAAACUUUAAGAAAGAAUAAAGGAUUAAACAAUGAAAUGUUUUAUUUGUGGUAUAACAAGAGAAAAAUUUGAAAAAAAUGAUGAAGGAGGAGGUUUAGGAUUUUAGGAACAUAUUGAAUAAGAACAUUAUAUGUGGAAUUAUAUUUAUUAUUAUGCUUAUUUAAAGUAUAAAGAUGAAAAUGAUUAUAAUGGUAAUGAGUCUUAUAUCAAAGAAAAGAUUGAUAUGAAAGAUAUUAGUUGGAUGCCUAUUAAAAGGUAAUCUAUAUAUAAUCUAAUUGGUUAGAGCAAGAUUUGCUGAAGAAGAAAUGGAUGAUUAGUAGAAAGGAAAUGAAAUUCAAGAAUCUAUUGAGAUAAAAAUGAAGAUUAUGAAUGACUCAUUAGAAAAAAUUUAAGAUAGAAUGAGACACAUUAUUGACAAUGUCAAUAAUUAACCUAAAAAUAUUAAAGAAACAUUUCAUGAAUGA